CAGGUACUUGCAGCCAGGGUCUUUUCGGAUAUGAGCCCGGGUAACCUCUGACUAUAUGUCGCGACAUAAAUCAAAUUCGGUCUUCCAAGGAUACUCCAAUUAGCUAAUUCCAUUUCAUUUUGUUUCUUUUUUUUUUUUCCUCAUGAUGUUUGAAGUGUCUGAUGAAUGGAGGUUCCCUAUAUGGCUUAUUGCCUAGGAGGCUUACUAUUUCGAAUAACCCUGGCAAAUCAUUUAACUGGAUUAGCUCGGACCAUACUCGGACUUGAAUAUAAAAAUUUGCCAUUCUCGUCACGUGACAUGAUACUAUUGCGAUUUGCUGUGGAUCUGGCACUAAUCCCGCACCAGGGCAAGCAUCAGCCCAAGAUAAUUUUCAGAUAUUUUGUAGUGAUUUCUAAGCACAAACAAAAAACUUGUCUUUCUACUGAUCAAAUAGAUUACAAAUACAACUAUAAUUAAACAUUAAAAUGUCGGGCCACUUAUAUCAUUUUGAUGUUGCAAUGUCAUGCUCAGGAUGCUCCGGUGCUGUUGAACGUGUAUUGAAUAGACUUGAUGGUGUUUCCAAGAUUGAUAUUUCAUUAGACAAGCAAACUGUCGAUGUGGCAACCGUUGAUUCAGUCAACUAUGAUACCGUUUAUAAUACCAUUGCCAAGACAGGAAAGAAAAUUAACAACGGUAAUGUUGUUUAUUAAGUUGGGAUGUUGUCUACUUGAAUGGUGCUGGUUCUAAAUUGCAUGCUUGCAUUUACAUACUGAUGGAAAUGUGAUACAUCUAUAGAAUAUGUAUUAAUAUGUACUAAUUCAUAUUUCUAAAUUCUAUAAUUUCAUUAAUUGUAUCCUCACGCAAUUCACUUUGAAUGAAUACACUCUUUAUUAACUUUAUGAUCUCAUCGGUGGUCAAAUCAUAUAAAUCCCCUUGGUAAAAUCUAGCAAUGAUUGCUGUGAUAUGAUUAUUAAUCAUAAAUCUAACAUUAGCGAGUUUAUUAUAUGACGCUAAUGAUGUCGAAAUUCCAAUUUGUUUAAUAUAUGAACUUGUAAUGUCAUGAGCAGAGUCAAUUAUUUGGGUGAGUUUGGUACAUUGGAAUUCACUAAUGUCGUCCAAAUCAAUAAUUGAAUUAAUUAACCAAUUAUUUAUAAAUUCGACAAUAUCAGUGAUUAAAUGUUUUAAUUUAUUAGGAUUAGUAGUGUAUAAUUGUUUAUCAAGAUUUUUAAACCAUUUAUCAAGUAAAUCCACACUAGUUUCACUUUCUUCAUCAGACAAAUCAAUCGUUGCUAAAAUGGUUUUAAUUUUCAGGUAAAACUCAACUAUCACUUGAUUCCAAUUAGUUUGGAUAAAUGACUGUAAAGGUAAAUCAAGAUUGGCUUGCAAAUAGUUCAAAUCGUUAAUCAUUAAGAAUGAAUUGGUAAGUGGUGGAUAUACCACUGAAGAAAGUGCUUUGAUUGUAGAAACUAAAUAUUUGCGGUCCAAUUGAUAAUCAUGGAAAAUAUCAAUUACUUUAAUGGAAAUUUGUGAAAUAAGUAUCUUUUCGGGAACUUUCUGCUUCACUUGUGGUUCAACCACGGUCUUCUCCUGGGGGAUAGCCUCUUUCGGUGGCUCCUUGGCUUUUACAAUCUUUUUUGGUGAUUUCUUCGUUAGGACCUCUUCUUUGUCAGAUUCAUCAUCCCAAUUGUCAUCCCAUUUAUCAUUCCAAUCUGCUGCUUCUUCUUCUUCUUCUUCCUGGUCGCUAUUGUCCCAUUUAGCAUUCCAGUCAUCCUCUUGAGUGGAUUUAGUUUCUUCUUCCUCUUCUUCAUUUUCAUCCCAUGCAUCGUCCCAGUUAUCAUUCCACCCAUCAGUUUCCUCUUCUUCUAUAGUUUCCUCUUCUUGUACUGGAGCUUGCACCGCUUGAGCCAUUUCCAGAACAUUGGCUUCUUCUUUAUAGGUCUCUUCUUGAUAAAUCUCUUCCACAUUAUCAACAGAUUCUAAUUUGGUAAUAGCAUCAGAUAAAUAAACUUGUCUGAUCUUUUCAAUAUAAUUAUCAAUAAUCCAUUCCAGGUGUAAUUUAUAUAAGCUUUCUUCAAGCGAACUUGAACUUUCCAAUCUAGAAAGCACAUUCCACCCGGUACUCUUGCAUAAUUGGAUCAAUUCAACCAAAUCAGAAGUAUUUAUCUCAUUAAUAUUGGUAGAUAUUUUGGUAAUUAGCAAUUUUGAUAAUUUUGAAUUGAUGUAUUGCUUAAUUGAUAUGUUAUUCAAUGCAUUGAUAAAUUUAACAAGGCUGCCUACUGAUCUCAAGAAAUUUGGCUGGGGUGAAUCAGUGAGACUAAUUGUAAUUCUUAAAUCGUCUUCUUCCAGUUCGAGUUGUUUUGGUUGCUCUAAUAAUAUAUCGACUAAUUGAUCCCAAUAUAUCCUGUAUUUUGUGAAUACUUCUAAUACAUAUCCGUUUUUCAAUAUAAACGAAUUGAAAUCAUUUAAAAUUGCCAGGUUUUCAAUGUGAUGUUGAUCCGGGACUAACAACACAAGAUAAUCAUUCAAUUGUUGCACAAACUGUUUCUGUUGCUUGUCAAACAAUCGUGACAACUGUGAAUAUAUGACUAAUGAAGAAUUAGUAGGAAUGAUGGUCGAUUUGAAUAAGGUGUGUAGUUGUUGCAAGUCAAGCAAAUCAGAAAUUUGCUUUUGUUUGUCUAAAAGUUGGGUGAUUUCAGAAAUACUACUGUUUAACUCAGUAAGACGUUUAAGCUCCUGAAUGUUUCGUUGAAUUGCUUCAUGUUUAUUGUUGAGUUGUGAUAAUGAAAGUGUUUGAAGUGAUUCUUCAUCAUGUCGUGUUUCUUGUUGGUGGUAAAACAACUGUUUUAGUUGCAGAGUUUGUCUCAAAUUUUCAAGAGUAACAGAUGAACAGACAUUUUGGAUGUUUUGAUUGAUAUUCCUUAGUUCGUCUUUCUUUGAAGCUAGUAGAGUCUCAAUUGACAUUUGGUAGUAGUGGGUUGGUUGUAAACUGAAAGAUG